AUGGAGUUGCUUUUAGCUCAGUCACCUAUUCUUUCCUCUCAAGAGCUUGUUACUUCUCAAGAUAUCCCCAUGUCUCAAGAACGUACAUACAAUAGAAAGGUGAGAGUCGUCAAGAGAAAUCCAGAACGAUAUACGGUGGAAUGUUAUUACAAGGAGAAAUUGGAAUGCGACUGGAUGUUCCAUGCAGCUCCCAAGACUUCCAAUGUGAAGGGUCACUUAUUCCUCAAGGCCUAUAACGGGGAACAUAAAUGUUGUGCUGGUUAUAGUGAUGGAACAAAGGAUGAUCCGGUUAUGCGCGAACUUAUCAAGAGUUUGAUAUUUGAGCAGAUUGAACAGAAUCCCAAGAAGAAAGCCAGAGAUAUUGUUAGAGAACUCAAAAGUGAUUAUGGGUUGGAAAAACACGAUCCAGGUAGUAGGGCUGAUUUAGUUGUUGAAGGUGGCGAGUUUAAGAGUUUGUUCUUAGCCUUUGAUGCUUGCAUCUCUGGUUUCGAAUAUUUUCGCCCGGUACUGUUCUUGGAUGCAACUUUCCUAACUGGAAAAUUUAGGGGUUGUCUUAUGGAGGCUACCGGGAAGAAUGCGAAUAAUGGAAUAUUUCCUCUAGCAUAUGGUAUUGUAUCAGCUGAAACUGUUGAGAAUUGGCAUUGGUUCUUGAAGAAACUAGAAUCUAUCUUGGGUCCUCGUGUACUAACUUUUAUUUCGGAUCGCCAUGAGGGUUUGAUCCAAGGGAUUCGUGAUGUUUUCCCAACUUUCUAUCAUGCUUGGUGUUACCAGCAUUUGAAGAAUAAUGUCCGCAGUAAGACCAACAAGAAAAAGGGAGAGCAUUGUGCUGCUAUGGGUUUGUUCAAAGAAUGUUUUUAUUCAUCGACUCAUGAAGGCUUUGAUCAGGAUAUGCAAAAGUUGAAGGAUAUGGGAUGUGAUGGUCUUCACAAAUUCUUGAGUGAGAUUCCAGUGGAAUGUUGGUCCAAUGCACAUUGUCUGGGAUGUCGUUACGGCGACAUGUGUUCAAACAUUGCAGAGUCCUUCAACUCUUGGAUCAAGGAAGCAAAAGGUAUGCCUAUUACAACACUUGUUAACUGGAUCAGACUUAAAAUUAUGGAAGAAAUGAGUAUAAGGAAGAGGAAGGGGGAGACGUAUAAAGGAUUCAUUUGUCCCAGGCUAGAGAAAAAAGUGUUGGCUUCCAUUCGUGCUGAUGUCCAGUGGAGAAUAACCAAGUCUGGUGACAUGGAGUGGGAAGUUUUUGAUGGAAAGCACACGCAUGCUGUUAAUAUUGCGAGGUUUCAGUGCAGCUGUAGGGUUUGGUUUACUGAGCAGUUCCCUUGUGAUCACGCUAUUGCGUGUAUGCAUUCAAAUAACAUCAAUGUUUACGAGUACAUUAAUCCGUAUUUCAGCAUUGCUAGCUUCCGUGCUUCGUAUGAUCUUCCUAUCAAGCCCAUUCCUGAUUACGACAAGCCUACUGAUGUUGCUACUGGAGAUCUCGUGAACCCACCAACUGUCGUAGGAAAAAAACAUGGUAGGCCGAAGAAGAAGCGGAUUCCUAACACAGGUAGUGCAAGUUUCAAGAGACCAAUUACGUGCGGUAACUGCCAUACUCAGGCACAUCAUAACAAGACGACGUGUCCUCAUCCUCCUGCGAAAAAGCAACGUUAA